CCGCGCCGGUGGAAUUGCCGCCGGGAAGAAACUGUAAUGGAGAGUACAGUGUCAGUCACUUUCCUUCUAUCGUUUUCCCUACUAAUGUGUGAAAUUUAUCAUCAUGGAGUGGAGAUGGUUACUGUUGUGCAUACAAUGGAGAGAACUUUUCCAGAAAAGGCAGCUGGUGUUAAUAUUGAUUUGGCAGGAUUAAUACAGAAGUUUCACCUUCAAGAACUCUUUCAUCGUUAUGGAGAAAACAACUCGCUGUCAAUUGAUGGAUUUAAAAAACUGCUCCAGAACAUAGGUAUAGAUAAAAUGAAAAGAAUUAAAAUAGAACAUGAGCAUGACCAUGAUCAUGACCAUCACCAUCAUAAUCAUGUGCCGUUGAGUAAAAUCUCAGAGAAGACUGUUUGUCCAAACCACGAAUCGGAUGCUAACAAAGACCACAGGAACAGUCACUCAAAGGAGCCUCAUAAAAUACAAAAUUCAGAACAUCAGCAAAACUUUGUACGCAGCAAGAACGUGGUUAAUGAAAGAACGGCACCCUUCGUCCCUGCUACCACGGGUGGCCACUCUGAGUUACAGAAUGUGCAACCUGGAGGAGUGAAGCCUGCUGCUCGUCUAGGUCUGUCCAGUCCUAAUACGGUUAAUGUCACAGGCGGCAGCAACGCAAGCUUACCUGUGAACAGCAAAGCAAAUGAAUCUCAUGCUUCUCCAAAGGAAUCAGAAAAAGGGAGUUACCUGUAUUCUAAACUGAAAAACCAAAACACACAAGAGUGCUCCAGUGCAUCAAAAUUGAUGCAGUCCCAUGGAAUAGGCACUCAAGUAUUGUUGACUGCUACAGAAUUUAGUUACCUCUGUCCAGCUCUUAUUAAUCAGAUUGAUGGCAAAUACUGCAUAGUCCAUGCAACUAGUGAAAAAGCUGAAACUCCUCCAAAAAGUUACUCUCUGCAAAUAGCUUGGAUUGGUGGCUUUAUAUCCAUCUCCAUCAUCAGUUUUCUUUCCUUGCUGGGUGUUAUAUUGGUACCACUGAUGAAUCGAGUGUUUUUCAAAUUUCUCCUAAGUUUUCUUGUGGCAUUGGCUGUGGGGACUUUGAGUGGAGAUGCUUUCUUACACCUCCUUCCUCAUUCUCAUGGCAACCAUCACCAUCACCAUGAAAAAACUCUGCUUGAACAAAACAAAAGCUCUAUGUUCAAACAUCUUGCUUCUCAAAGUAUAGAGGAGAGUGCCAACCUGGAUUCUACAUGGAAGGGACUUACAGCACUUGGAGGAUUAUAUUUCAUGUUUCUAGUGGAGCAUUUGAUCACUUUAAUAAAACAGUUUAAAGACAAGAAGAAAAAGAAAAAAAAUGAAGAUGAUGGAGAAAAUAAGAAGUUUUCAGCGAAUGAAGAAAAGUUAGACGCAGAUGAUCGGCCUGAGGGCUACCUGGGGACAGACUCUCAAGAUCCAUCAACAUUCAUUUCUCAGCAGCCAGCCGUGCAAGAAGAAGAAGAAGUGAUGAUAGCUCAUUCUCAUCAAGAAGAGGCUGAAAAUGAAUAUGUGUCCAGGGGCUGUAGAAACAAAUGUCAUUCUCAUUUACAUGAUACUCUGGGACAGACAGAUCAUCUUAGUCAUCAUCACCAUGACUACCAUCACAUUCUACAUCACCAUCAUCAUCAGAACCAUCAUCCCCACAGUCACAGUCAGCGCUACUCACGUGAAGAACUGAAGGAUGCGGGAAUAGCAACUCUGGCAUGGAUGGUGAUUAUGGGAGACGGACUACAUAAUUUUAGUGAUGGCCUAGCAAUUGGAGCAGCCUUUACUGAAGGGUUAUCUAGUGGUUUAAGCACUUCUGUGGCUGUGUUUUGCCAUGAAUUACCUCAUGAGCUAGGAGAUUUUGCUGUACUUCUAAAAGCUGGUAUGACUGUCAAGCAAGCUGUGCUUUAUAAUGCUCUGUCAGCUAUGCUGGCCUACCUUGGGAUGGCAACCGGGAUCCUCAUCGGUCAUUAUGCAGACAAUGUUUCCAUGUGGAUAUUUGCACUUACAGCUGGCUUGUUCAUGUAUGUGGCUCUUGUGGAUAUGGUACCUGAAAUGCUCCACAAUGAUGCCAGUGAUCAUGGAUGUAGCCGCUGGGGAUACUUCCUGUUACAGAAUGCUGGGAUUCUGUUGGGUUUUGGGAUAAUGCUGCUUAUCUCUGUAUUUGAACAUAAGAUUGUUUUCAGUAUAAACUUGUAAUCCUGUUUGCCAGGAAGAGAGCUUGGUGUUAAAUUAUAUGUGGUAGGCUUUUUUUCUAUUAAAUUCCCUAGUGGAGAGGUACGGUUGAUAUAGACUAGAUAUUUUUAUUGGUGUGCUGUUGUUAUCCCUUCUCCCCUGAUAGAAACAAACACUGUAAGGUUGGUUUUUUGUUUGUUUGGGGUUUUUUUAUUACUUUUUUAAUUUAGGAUUUAGCGUUGUGUAUGGUACUGUGGAAAGCUGUACUUAGUAAAAUAUGAUGAAGGUGCCAAAGCUAUUAAAGGAGUAUUGGCUGCAGGGUUAAGAUUUGUGUUGUGAUUUGGCUUUUAGUAAAUUUAUUUACUCCAUGUAAUUAUAUUUAACUUUUUUACUUCAGGGUUUUGUUGGUUUAAAGUAGUAAAAUGACAGUUUUUAUUUUGGCACAAUCAAAAUCAGUGGACAUAAAACGCAGCAGCGUAAAACAAGAAAGAUGUAACGUGUAGUGCGUGUUUAUAUUGGUAGAAACAUACCUCUUCUGCAUCCACCUAGUUUACACGGUGUGGCAGAUGAGUCAACUUCAUCCUUUUUGUGGUGGUUCUUCUCUCAGUAGCUUGUGGAAUCUUUGUGUCUUAUUCUAGCUGGUUUCUGCUCCAAAAAAAAAAUGUUUACUUUUUCCAUCCCUUCUGAUCAGCUAUUAGACAGUAAAAGCAUAGCUCUGGCUCCAAUAUAUGUGGAUUCUAUCAAAAAGACUUAAAGUAGUGCCAUAUCCCACUUAAUGCUGCCUGAAAUGGCAAAGUUAUAUUAAAGUCUGAUAUCAAGGGGAGGAGUGCUACAGGCUAAGACAAACAGUCAUUUACUACAACAGGUUCCUUAACUAAAGCAUUGAUUGAAUUUGGGAAGUAGCUUGUGCAGAGUAGGAGAGCUGAUGAUUUCAGUGUGAUUGCACACAAACCUGUGCUUGCAAAACAGUUAUGGUCUUUGCAAUGACUAAAGCUGAGAAAUCCAAAAUAGGAAAAUUGCUUUCGGAGCAUAUAUAAGGAAGCUGCAUGUUAAUUGUAAGUGUAUACAUAAGUAUGUAGUUUGAACUUAAUGCUUUAAUUACCUUGAAAGUAAGUGAAGGAAGGAGAAGGAUUAAAAAGGCAAUGGCAAAAUAAAUAAAUUCUGCAUUUGCAGAGAGUAUUGCCAUGGUACAAUAGACCUCUGCUAUGUUUCUGUAGCAUCUCCUUGAUCACCCAUCCGGUACUCUUUUUACUCUUAUAACAAUUGUAUUCUAAUGUUUCUGAGCAUAAAUUAGUAGUAGAUGUGAGUAUGCUAAAAAUCGAGAUAGAUCUAUAUAUCUACUCAUUGUUUCUCUGUCUUCUAUGCUCUUAAACUGUUUGUUUGAACUCUGAAGAGAAAGUAACUUGUAUUUCAUUUUUUUUUUUUUUAGUCUACAUUCUUAUGAUAUUUAUGCCCUUACCUCUGCUAUGUUAACUUCUUGACUGUUGUAGCCAAACUCUGCCUAAAACAUCCCUGUUGAUAUUCAUCUUUCCUUUGCUGCCUCUGGUGCUUGAAUACCAUACUCUUUGGUUUAUCAAAAGCGGUUUUGUUUCUGAUAUGUACACAUCGCUGCUUUCUUCAGAAAAACAAGUAAGUACAGACCAGCCACACUAACCACCAUGCCGACACACAUACAUACACAAAGCAUGUCAAAAAUGGAAUUUUUCAUACUUUGACUACUGCAUUUUUCUAUACUGAUCCCUCAUCCUGGCAGUCCCACCUCAUUCCAGAUUUCUUAAAAUGUGGCUUCUUUUCUUCUUGGAGGUUUCUCCCUGAUGUCUCUUCAUUGCAGAUGAAUGCGUUGCCCUUUGGAGUGGUUUGAUUUGUGCCUGACCUGUCUAAAUGAGUCUCACCUUUGCUGGUGUCAUGGUGCUGGUCUCCCUUGGAGCUCAUGUGCCUCAGUUCGUGCUCCGGUGCUGCUCCUCAUGAGCAAGAUAUGUUCCUGGGCAAAAAAAUAAUGCAAGACUUUUCACCCCUCUUUCUUCCCAAACCUCUCAUCACAGCUCUGUUCUGCUGAGAUACAGUGUCUGAGGUGCAACCUCACUGCAUCCUAAUUGGUUUUGUAGGGUUUGGGCACUGUGUUUACCAAUGGUCUGGUAAACCACCAUAAAUUCAAAGUGCAUUAGCCUAUGGGUCAUUUGCCUUCUGUUCUACACCUUCAGCUCUUUCUAGAUGUCAGGUAUGCUCUGUCUCCUUGGUCAUGAAUAUUUCUUAGUACGUCAGACUUCUGUUUGUGUGCUGGAUAUGACGCAGAAAGAAGGCAUGUAGCCUAGGGUUGCACAAGAGAUUUUUAGAUGAUUAAAUAAUGGAGAUAAGUCUACUAACUUCAGUUAGUGUUUCACUGGGUUCCUGGCCAGCUUUUGAUGUAGUCAGCUGACACUGAAAUAUCUGCAUAUCCAAACACAUUGCUACUGUAACAACAUGACAAAUAAAUUGCCUUUAGAGCAUGUCAGCAGAAAUGGCUCAAUAGCCUGGACACAAGCAUAUCCCAUCCAUUCAGUGAUCUUCAGUCUUUGAUGGAGAGAGUUCUGGGAUGGACAGUUGUCCAGACUAAAACCUCCUGUAGGUUUGUGCCAGCGAGAUGACAGAAGUUUAGUUGUUUUGUGGUUUAGUUUUGUUUUUGUUUUUCUUCCUUUGUCAGCCUUAUAAAGUAGAAUCUGCAUCUGUUGCAGUGUACUUGCAUUGAAAAUGCUCCUGGUUCGGCAAACUGGUGGGGCAAAGCCUCUAGGCAGCUCUUUACUUUUAUGCAUCUGUUUUUUCUGCAACAGUGUGUCAUGUGCCUCGCUAUCUGUUUUGUGUAUCUGUUAAUAAUGGUACAGACCUUAAUUUUAUAUGCUGUUAUAGCUGCCUUAUCUACUCCCUGUGCUAGAUGCUGGGAAAUAGAAUAGGCAGAUAGGGCUGGAAUCAAAAUUGGGUGGCUUUGGGGUAUUC